CCCCCCGGGGGCUAGCGGGCCAGGAUGAUGGCGGGGGGCUUCAUGGGGAAGAGGAAGGAGCUGGAGCAGGUGGUCGACGGCCUCCUCGACUUCUCCCUCUCCGGCCCCGCCGCCAAGAGCCGCAGGCUGGACCCUGGUCUACCACCUAUUUUGGAAGAACCACAUGCUCAUUCAACCCAAUAUCAACAUGAGAUGCUGGGAGAGGAAAUCAGUGGUGGUGUUACAGUGCCCAUUAUGGAAGAUAUGGUACAAGGCGCCAUGCCAUGCCAUCUGUCUAGUGAGGACAUGUCACUUGUUUUAUACAAACCAGUAAAUAAACCUGCCCUCGUAGGUCUCAAUAUCGCAAGCCCUUCAAUCAUAGUCAGUUCAGACUUGAUACGUAGUCUAAAGAAUCAACCUUUCAAUCAAGGGAAUUGUCAUGGGCUGGAGGACAAUUCUCCUGAGCGCAGCAAUUGCUUGGCAUUGGUUCCUUGGGCGCCACAGCGGAUUGCUGUGACAUCUAAUUGGUCAACUUGCCCACCAGAAAACACAGAAAUGCUAGAAGAGCCAAUGGAUGCUGAUGAGACAGAAGUUACUUCCAUGGACUUCGAGGAAGCGCCUCAAGCAACUCCUGGGGGAAUCGAUGCCACGAACCUUCACCAGUGGCACCAGCAUUGUAUGACCCCACCAUCGCUGCCGAACCCAUCAGCGCCUGUUAUGUGGUCAUGGUGACAAUCUGGCAACAUUGCUCCCUAACUGCAUGUUCCUCACACGAAGGAUUGAGAAAUCCUGUAGUUGGCCUCCACCCGGUGUGGCUGGUUGUUUUAGAUGGUCUGAGAAAUGGUUGCUAUGUGCAUAAUAGCUCCUCCUAGCGUAGCGCUGUUCUUCAGCAGUAAUGGUAGCAAACUUGUGUGUUAGAAACAUCCCCGUUACAGUUAUGUCAGUGGACUUUUGUGUUAGAAACGACCACGUUACCAAUUC